AUGAAGGACGUUGAGAAGGCUUCUGAUGAACACAUCGAGGUAUAUGAUGAUACAACAAGGGACAAUGGCCUGGAUGGGUCGACGAAAGUGAUGGGAACGGUCAAGUUGACCGAAGAUUCAAUUGUCUAUAUCCCUACUCCUACUGCGGAUCCCCAGGAUCCCAUGAACAUGCAAAUCUGGCAAAAGCUUGUUGUUCUUACGGUCAUCUCUACAUUCUCUACCCUUAGCGUCUCUCUUGUGUCUGGUUUCGGAGGUGUGAUUACAUUCUAUGUGCCUGAGUACAGUGCUGCUGGCAAGGACUAUGCGGCCAUCUCGCAGUUGAUGACAUACCCAACACUUUUCAUGGGCAUCGGAAACCUUAUUGGCAUGCCUGUCGCCAUUGCUGUUGGCCGUCGAAUCGUUCUUCUGAUCUUCACCCUUAUUCUGAUACUUGCCGCGGUGUUAUGUGCAAAGGCAGAGAACUAUGAAUGGCAUCUCGGCGCUCGGAUGGUGCUGGGACUUUGUGCAGGGCAAAGUGAAGCACUUGUCCCGAUGAUCACCCAGGAAAUUUUCUUCCUACACGAAAGAAGCAAGUACCUAAUGGUUCAACAAGCCAUUCAAGUUGUCCUGACUACUAUAUGGACCCUGUUCGCUAGUCCAAUUGCUGGGGGUAUUACUCCUCAAGGCUGGUACGGUCUUGGUGCAGGUCUUGCUGGGCUCCAGUUCCUAGUUGCUGUAGUUCUUCUCCCGGAGACAAAGUAUGAUCGUGGUUUGACAGCGUACCAAGAGACUGGCUCGGAUGAAAACUCGACUGCACAAAUGGACCUCGAAAACGAUGGGCCUGUUAAGCCCAACAUCAUGGUUUGCAAGGAGAGACCGCCACUUGACUUUGUUAACUACGAGCCAAGGACCUGGAAAUCAGACAUGCGACUCUGGGUUGGAAAGCCUGAGUGGCAUAAGGCAGUUGAUGUCCUCAAGCAAACCUUUCAACUCCUUCUCUUCCCGAACGUCUUCUGGGCAUUGUGCAUCAACGGUCUCACUAUCGGCGUCAAUAUUGCUAUUGCCACCACCUACGGCACAAUUCUCACUAGUGCGCCCUAUCACUGGCCAAAUUCGAGCACAAGUUAUGUGAACUGUGGACAGAUUAUAGUCGCCCUUAUUGCCCUCCCACUACUCGGAACAGGCUCUGAUACAAUCAUCAAGUGGUUUGCCCGGCGCAAUGGAGGCAUGCAUGAGCCUGAAACCCGAAUUAUACCUCUUGUCAUUCCUGUCAUCGUUGGUGUUUUCACCGCCGUCCUGUACGGUCAGGGAGCCGCUCAUCCGGAGCAAUACCACUGGUUCGUAUAUGCGUGGGCAGUGGCAGCGUACUAUUUCUGCUUCGUGGGUGCCAACAUUGUUGCAAUCACAUACUUGUUGGAUAGUUAUCCAGCGCGUGCUGGUCCCCUGCUCGUCAUUAUCUGUGCUUUCCGAGGAUUCAUCUCGUUCGGAACGAGCUAUGGCACAACUGCUUUUGUGGAAAGCAAUGGCUAUGAUGGUGCCUUUGGUGCCUUUGGUGCCUUGACUGGCGUGCUUGGAUUGUUGGGUGUGCCGAUUUAUUUCUGGGGCAAGAAUAUACGAAAGUUCACUGGAAGAUUUGCCAAGAGCAAGACGGAUUAA